GCGCCAGGGCGCCCCGGCCACUGGGCUCUUCGCUGCGAGCCAGUGGUCAUCGCGGAGCCGCAGCGCGCGCGUCCCGUCCCGAGGCCGUCGCCAGCUCGCCAGCAUGGCCCCCGCAGCGGCUUCGGGGGGCAGCACCCUGCCCAGUGGCUUCUCGGUCUUCACUACCUUCCCCGACUUGCUCUUCAUCUUUGAGUUUGUCUUUGGGGGCCUGGUGUGGAUCCUGGUGGCCGCCUCCCGGGUGCCCAUCCCCCUGAUCCAGGGCUGGGUGAUGUUCGUGUCUGUGUUCUGCUUCGUGGCCACCACGGCCCUGCUCAUCCUGUACAUGAUUAAUGCCCACGGCGGGGAGAUAUCCUGGGUCACGCUGGACGCAGCCUACAACUGUGUGGCUGCUCUGCUUUACCUAAGCGCCUCAGUCCUGGAAGCCUUGGCCACCAUCCUCACGCGAGACGGUUACACCUACAAGCAGUACCACGAAAACAUCUCUGCUGUGGUGUUUUCCUACGUAGCCACUUUGCUCUACGUGAUCCAUGCCAUAUUCUCGUUAAUCAGAUGGAAGUCUUCGUAAAGACGUGGAAUUGAGCUAAAAACCCAGAAUGGUGUUAACUCAUGAGCCCGUCUUCCAAUCUAACUUUGUAGAACACAGACACACGCUCCAUGAUGGGGAAAAAAGGAAAACAAACUCCAAGCAAAAAAAGGAAAGGCUCUGCUUCUGCAGUCACGUGUUUACUCUCCCACACUUUUGCAUCAGGGCUUGGGGGCUUGCUGUGUUUAACUUCCAGCUACUGAGCUGUCUUCUUAGCUACUUCCUGUCUGUGAAAGGGGCCGAUGGGGGUGGGACAUAACCUGUGACGGAAACAACAGUCCCCUGCUGACCCCCAGACCAGAGCUUGAGAAGCACCUUCUGGAAUGUUCCACAGGCUCUUCUGCACACACCAUUGAGGGCAUGUUGCAUUCUUCGUGGAGGUUCUGCAUGUCAUAGGGACUGAAAUUCAACAGAAGUUUCCGAAUGUCUAUGGUGGAAGAAAAUAACCCUUUGGAGUACUUUAUAAAGUGCCUUUAUGUUCACUA